AUGGUCGAAGAUAAGAUUGAUGCACCCGCGCCCCGCAAGCGAGGCCGGCCACGAACCGUGACGGACGAUCAGCAAGUUCCGGAAAGACGUCGAAAGCAGCUUCGCGUCGCCCAGCAAGCAUAUCGCAAGCGAAAGGAAACCACGAUCGUCAAUCUGCAAUCUCGCGUACAGGAACUCGAAUCGGGCAUCGAAGAGCUCAGCGAGUCGUUCCUUUCAUUCAGUAAUCUUCUUUUCGAGUCCCAGGUUCUCCAAAAUCACCCUCGUGUCACUUCUGCGCUCCAAAAGAUUACGCAGCAAUGCGUAUCACUCGCCAAAAGUGGCUGCGACGAGCCCCAACAACCGACACCAACAGAAGCAUCGCCGGCAACACCUCCCAAGCUCAGCACUCCACCAGAUUUAGAUCUAUACUAUGAUUCGCUCACCACACCAGUUGAUUUAUUGCCGAUGAUAGACGACACUUUCCAAUCCCCGCCAGAUCUUUUGAAUCAAUGGCCAGCCUCGCAACAAAUACCUCCCACGCCACCAUACCAAGACCAAGCACUUCUACCAUUCGGAAUCGUUUUGUCGUCGCCGAAUCUUCCUUUCAUAUCGUCUCCAAGCCCUCAAUCAAAUUUCCCGAACACCAUAUCGCCCAAUAAUAUCAUAAAGCAAGGGCGCUGGACACUUUCGCACCGUAUUGUUCGGCAAUGCUGUGAAUAUGGAUACCGUCUAUUAUCGAGCUCGUCUACAGACGAUCCAAAGAUUCAGGCGAUCUUCGGAAAGACAUUAACUAUCGCGGAGCGCAAUCGGUUGAUCUCGCGUUUUUAUGCUUCCAUGCAUGAUGAGAGUGGGGAUACAAUUGAGUUCAAAACAAAGGUUCUCAGUCCUCUUCAUUCAAAGAAAAAUAACUACUCGCCCGAACAACUCGCGCUCUCGUCCAGAACGUGGCAAAUCGUCACUGAAUCUGGCGCUGAUGAAUGGUUGGAUGCGAGUGGAGUGCAAAAGCUUAUACAAGAAAGAGGCAUCCGGCUCCAGGAUAACAGCUCGCCUCUCUCUAGUCCUCGACUUAAUUCAACUCCACAGCUUAAUGUGGCGAGCUUCAUUAGAUUCCUCUGCCUAGUCCCUAUCUGUGUUGGUACUGGACCGGCGUUCCGGAAGCGCGAUGUUGAGAAUGCGCUACGCCUUGCGACCUCAGAAAAUCCUUGGGCUUUCGACGCCGUAUGCGAAAUACCAUGA